CCGUCUCCCCACGCUGCUGCUGGGGGGACUUUUUUAACAUAGGCCUCUGUAUGGCCUUCAAUUUUAGCUGCUUACGCUCCGCCACUCUGCCAUGGGCCCCUGUACCGCCUCCUCAUGCUGCUGCCAGGCCCGUAAUCUGCCAUGGGGCCCCCGUACCGACUCCUCAUGCUGCUGCCAGGCCCGUAAUCUGUCAUGGGCCCCUGUACCGCCUCCUCAUGCUGCUGCCAGGUCCAGAGUGUGUCAUGGGUCCCUGUACGGCCUCCCAUUGCUGCUGUCUCCAUCGCCACACUCUGCCAUGUGCCACUUUCAGGUCUCCUCACACUGCUGGUGGGUUCCAUUUUGUCAUAGGGUGCUGCUGUAUGGCCUCCCAUUGCUGCUGCCAGGCCCGUAAUCUGCCAUGGGCCGCCCCGUACCGACUCCUCAUGCUGCUGCCAGGCCCGUAAUCUGUCAUGGGCCCCUGUACCGCCUCCUCAUGCUGCUGCCAGGUCCAGAGUGUGUCAUGGGUCCCUGUACGGCCCUCCCAUUGCUGCUGUCUUCAUCAUCGCCACACUCUGCCAUGUGCCACUUUCAGGUCUCCUCACACUGCUGGUGGGUUCCAUUUUUGUCAUAGGGUGCUGGGUGCUGUAUGGCCUCCCAUUGCUGCUGCCAGGGCCCGUAAUCUGCCAUGGGCCCCCGUACCGACUCCUCAUGCUGCUGCCAGGCCCGUAAUCUGUCAUGGGCCCCUGUACCGCCUCCUCAUGCUGCUGCUGCCAGGUCCAGAGUGUGUCAUGGGUCCCUGUACGGCCUCCCAUUGCUGCUGUCUCCAUCGCCACACUCUGCCCAUGUGCCACUUUCAGGUCUCCUCACACUGCUGGUGGGUUCCAUUUUGUCAUAGGGUGCUGUAUGGCCUCCCAUUGCUGCUGCCAGGCCCGUAAUCUGCC